AUGUUUACAGAUAUUCCUUUAAUUGAUUUUGGUCCUUUUUUUAAUGGAACCAAUGAAGACCGCCAAAGAGUAUCAUCAGAAAUAGGUGAUGCUUGUCGUAAUGUUGGCUUUUUUUAUUUAUCAAAUCAUGGUGUGUCAUCAUCACUUAUAGAACGUGUUUAUGAACAAGCAAAACGUUUUUUUUCUCAAUCAAUUGAAGAAAAAAUGAAAUUAUAUAUUGGUUCAUGUCCAUAUAAAAAUAAUCGAGGUUAUACACCUAUGUUUGAAGAAAAAUUAAGUCUUAAAGGUGAUCUUAAAGAAGGUUUCGAUUUAGCAAUGGAAUUACCAGCAGAUGAUAAAGAUCGAAUAGAACGAGGUGCUUCUUUAUAUGGACCAAACUUUUGGCCGGAUAAUCUCACAGGAUUUCGUGAAUGUAUUUAUGAUGAAUAUUAUUUAACAAUGCUUUCUCUUGGUCAUCGUGUAUUAGAAGCAUUUGCUUUAUCUCUUAAUUUACCUUCAAAUUAUUUUAAAGAUAUGUGUCAAAAACCAAUGGUAACCAUGCGCCUUCUUCAUUAUCCUCCACAACCAAUUAUUAUUGAUGAAGAUCAACUUGGUUGUGGUGCACAUACUGAUUAUGAAUGUUUUACACUUCUUUCUCAAUCAAAUCAAUCUGGCCUUCAAGUACUUAAUAAUAAAGGAGAAUGGGUUAAUGCUAAACCUAUUCCAAAUACAUUUGUUGUUAACAUUGGCGAUCUUAUGCAACGAUGGACAAAUGAUCAAUUUAAAUCGACAGUACAUCGUGUUAUUAAUACAAGUGGUACAACACGUUAUUCAAUACCUGUCUUUUUUGGACCAGAUUAUUUUACUCAAAUUAAAUGUUUGAUUAAUGACCAAAUAGCACGAUAUGAGCCGGUUAUUGCCGGAGAAUAUUUAAUACAAAGAUUUGAUGAUACUUAUCAUUACAGACAAAAAGAUGCUAUGUCUUCAAUCUAA